UUUCAAAGAACAUUUGAAUCUUUAAGAAAUGUAUCCAGUAAAUCUGACCUUCAGAAAACCUACCAGAAGUUUCAAAAAGAUCUGGAGAAUCUUGAUUAUUUGGCAUACAAACGUCAGCAGGAUUUGAAAUCUAGCAAUCAGCGAGAUGAAAUUGCUGCAGCACGUGCAUCCCUGAAGGAAAAUUCCUCUUUCCUACAUUCAAUAUGUACAGCUUGUUUGGAACAUUCAGAUGUUGCAUCCCUUACAGCCAGCAAGGAUUCAGUUUGCAGUGAAAUACAGAAUGCUCUCAAUGUAAUUUCUAAUGCUUCCCAAGGAGUUGGAAAUAAAAUGGGACCACCUGCAUCUCACACUGCUACUCUUGGAAGUGCACUUGAUGAGCUGGAGAAUUUAAUUACCCUGGAUCCUCUUGUAGUGAAUGAAGAGAAAAUAAGGCCAUCCCUAGAGAAGCGCCUGGAAGCUAUUAUCAGCGGAGCGGCGUUGCUGGCUGAUUCUUCCUGCACACGCGAUUUUCAUCGAGAACGCAUCAUUGCUGAAUGCAAUGCUAUCCGCCAAGCCCUCCAAGACCUGCUUUCUGAGUACAUAAACAAUAUACUUCAAGAUGAUUCAUCCAGCACACUGGGAGGAUAA